AUGAAGAACCGCGCGCGCAUGAAGUGCGACGAGGUGACGGCGAAGUUCGUCGACUGCAGCAAAGUUCACUUCCUGUCCGUCGCGUGGCAGUGCCGCGCGGAGCUGCACGCCAUGAACGAGUGCAUGAAGCAGUACACCACCGACGACACCCUCGAGGAGUUCAAGCGGCGCUGGGUCGCCGCGGGCAUGCCCUCGGACCCCAAGCACGACCUGUGGCCAGAGGAGAAGCCCGAGUGGGUCGCAUACGUGCGCCGGCGAGAGGAGCGCGACCCGCCGAAGAAGGACGGCAUGAGCGCCCUGAAGAAGCAGUUCUACAACGCGUGA